AGUGGAAUUCAAUAUUCACGUUUUUUGUGCUUUUGGCUAUUUGGUCCAAGGGACUGUAAAAGAAGAAGAAGACGAGGAACACCGAAGAUUUAUUUUUGUCUGAAUUGUGGAGAGAAGAAGAAAAAGAAGGUAUGGAGAAGAUUUCUUCAUCAUCAACCGAAGGUGGUGGUGGUGGUGGUGGUGCUGCUAAGAUAUCAUCAAUCUUUAUCUAUCCGAUAAAAUCAUGCCGUGGAAUUUCUGUUCCUCAGGCACCCCUCACUCCGACUGGAUUUCGAUGGGAUCGGCAAUGGCUUGUUGUGAAUCAGAAAGGGAGGGCAUAUACUCAAAGGGUUGAACCAAAGCUUGCUCUAGUCGAGGUAGACCUGCCAAAGGAGGCCUUUUUAGAGGGUUGGGAACCUACUAAGACCUCAUAUAUGGUAAUAAAAGCUCCUGGAAUGGAUUUGCUCAAGGUUUCACUCAGUAAACCACCAGAAAUAGCAGAUGGUGUUUCAGUAUGGGAGUGGUCUGGCUCUGCAUUGGAUGAGGGUGAUGAGGCUUCAAAAUGGUUUACCAAUUAUCUUGGGAAAUCCAGCAGGCUAGUUCGUUUUAAUGCAGCAUCUGAAAGGAGGCCUGUGGAUCCUGUGUAUGCUCGUGGGCAUAACAUAAUGUUUUCUGACCAGUACCCAUUCAUGCUAUUAUCUCAGGAAUCACUGGAUGCGCUGAACAAGCUUCUGAAGGAGCCUGUACCAAUUAAUCGUUUUAGGCCCAACAUCCUUGUUGAUGGUUGUGAACCAUUUUCUGAAGACUUAUGGACAGAGAUUAAAAUAAGCAAAUUCUCAUUUCAAGGUGUGAAGCUUUGCUCCCGCUGUAAGGUACCUACAAUCAAUCAAGACACUGCAAUUGCUGGCCCCGAGCCAACUGAAACUCUUAAGAAAGUCAGGUCGGAUAAGGUUUUGCGACCGAACCAAAAACAGCAGGGGAAGAUCUAUUUUGGGCAGAACUUGGUUUGCAAGGAAAGUUUUACUGAAGGGAAAGGACCGAUGGUUAAAGUGGGAGAUCCUAUUUUUGUCCUCCAGAAAGUCUCCUCUGCUGCUGAAGCAGCAGCUUGAACGCUGAACACUAUCUUAGACUUCAAUUCUGUUGUCUAAAUAAUAAAAGAAUUGAAUGGUGUUAUCUCUCUUUCCUAGAAUAAUUAAGAGCCAUAACUCCAAAUACAAGACUUGGGACAGGAGAUCUGUAUGUAUUGUUGUUCUAGUCAGUGGUCACCUUUAUUACCCUGCAGUCUCAUCUUCGUGUUAUUGUUAAUGUUAUUAUCGUGUUAAGAUUGAGAUGAUUUUAUCAAUACCAGUGUCUAUGUUUGAUUUUGGUUAA